AUGUGGAUAAUCGAGUACUUGAACAACGGCGAAACCUAUAAAUUGUGGUUACGACCUGGAAAAUCGUACAUUAUCUCAAGACCAGAACUCGUUGACCAAAUCAAACAAUUCCCAAAGGUUGUGAUUAUAGACGUCGAAGAGAACACAUUGGGAAUAUCUUCGUCGUUAACACGACGGCUCAAAGUAACUCUUAUUGAAAUAGACAAUGUCCACUUUGUAAAAAACAAACCGAGCCGAACUGAAAGAAUUUUAAAUGAAGGGGAUACGAUUGAUAUGACGUACUCGGAGAUUCAGUUUCGACUGGCAUAUGAGCCUGUAAUAGUAUAUUACGAGAACUUGCCGAGUGAGAAGGAGAUUGAAGUUCUAGAAGCAUGCAAAAAAACGGGUAUAAAGGUUCUAGUAGGCAACGCACAAAAAUUGAAAAAAUGCACACAUUUCGUUUGUGCUGUAGCCUCAUGCACCGAAACAAUAAUGAUCGCACUGAUCAAAGGCAUUCAUAUCGUUGACUCGACAUGGCUGUCUGAACUUGCAUCCGAAGAAUAUAUGGAAAGAAUGCAAGGUUUCUACACGCUUCCAAAUUACGGACCACAUCUACCACCAAUGUCUUUCUCAAUACCCACCUCACCAUCAUCGCCUUCCACAAUAACAAAAGAUAACCGUGUACUUUUAGCAAACGAUAAACGCCGCACACUAUUCAAAGACACGGUAUUCAUCUCACUUGACGAAAGCGACCCGUCUCUCUCCUCAAACACAAAACUAAUUCAAGAAGGCGGUGGUACCGUUAUCAAAAUGGAUCUCGAGCCGAAUAUCAGCGAAUACGAUUUCAAUGUGCUUAUGGCAACGGAUUUACUGGCACUUCAGAAUACAUUGAAGAACACAAUCCAGAAAUUUAAGAUCUUGACGCCAAUGAAUAAUAGAUUGUAUAAGUUCACUGAAAAUUACGCGAGAUCGAACACUUGUGGAAGGAUAAUAAAUGGGAUGACCGAGAUUCCAAUGGCUAUACUUUUGGCAAAUGCGGAGUGUUAUUGUUCUCCGUGGCAGGAUUUGGGAUUUGUUCAAAAUGACGAAGAUACGUCUUCGUCUGAUGAUAAUAAAUAUUAUGAUCAUGUCCUUCUGCAGCCUCCUCUUUCUGAAUGGGUGCUUUUCGAACUCAGAAACACGACGCUUUCAUGGACAAACCAAGCGGUUGGUAUCUUUCGACAUAAAAGUUUGCAUUUUUCGCCGCUCCAGGAAGCAUCUAAAGAAAUGUUGAAUACACCUCCAAUAUCAUUGGCUAUACUGUUCGAUGCGUGCGAUUCUCUGCAACUUCUGAUUUCUCGGAUGGGAACUGCCCUGGUGAAUCGAUACUACGCGUCACCACUAUGCCUGCGACCCGGUCAAAGUCGGAAGGACCCGUCCGGGGGACACUCGCUUGUUAUGGUGCAACAACAUACAAGAGCAUCCCCGGACGUAUCCUUCUCCUUUCGACCAGGGUCAUAG